AUGCACGCGAUACAUGAAAAUUGGGUGUUCUCAUUUAUUGCAAAACUGUGUUUUGAUUCCUUAUAUAAAACUUCGACAGUCGAGUACACACGUGGCGAGUCGCCGCAUGUUCUGAAGACGGCCAAGUACACACAGACGGCUAACACCCCGCAUAUUGCGCUGUCGCCAAACGCUGAAGUACUGGCAGUAUCCGUUGACAGCUCUGUAGAGUUCUACGACACCUUCACCGGCGAGCACUACGACACCGUCGAGAAUAUAUACUCGGGUUUAAUAAACUACAUGGUCUUCGACCCGAGUGGGAAGUAUUUAUUCGUUUGCGGAGACCGCGCAGUUAGAAUACUCCAUAACGUAUGCGGAUAUCAUACCACUAUAGCCAGCUGUACGCGACUUCUGAGCUCCAAACAGACUUCGGCCACUGUGGAACGUCUUAAUAAAACUAUAGAAAGUUGUAAAGAAACGUUGGCGAGCUUUGGAAAGUCGGUUUAA